AUGUUCAGAAAAGCUUUCGUCUUCUUCUUCUUCUUCUUCUUCCUCCUUUCUGUUUCUGUGUCUUUGCAUGCAGCAAAUGCACUGAAAAAUGAAGGGGAAAUUGGUUCAGGCGGCGAAGGUGGUGCUCCGGCUGGGUCUCUGGUGAAGAAAGAUCAACGGCGGUCGCUGGUUUCGACUGAGUACGGAGAGGUCUGGUCCGUUGAUGUGAAUGACGGACACAGGAAACCCUACCAUAUUCAGUUCAUUACUUUGGAACCCAACUCACUCUUCCUUCCUGUUCUUCUGCAUGCAGACAUGAUUUUCUAUGUCAACACAGGGAGUGGGAGGUUGAGUUGGACUGAUGAUGAUAAAAUUAGGAGAGUGGAUAUAAAGAGAGGUGAUCUCUAUAGGCUCACCCCUGGCUCUGUUUUCUUUGUACAAAGUAACUUAGAGACUGAGCGCCAGAAGCUGAGAAUUAAUGCAAUCUUUACAAGCAACUCUGAUGAUGACUUAUAUGAUCCAGCAGUAGGGGCAUACUCCAGCAUUAGGGACCUGGUCCGAGGAUUUGAUCCGAAAUUGCUUCGGUCAGCUUUUAAGGUCUCUGAGGAAGUGAUAGAAUCAAUAGUAAAUGGAACGGACCAAUCCGCCUUUGUCCAUGCAAUUCCAACAAAGAAAGAAACUUUCUGGGAUUUGGAGGCUCGAUUCCUCAAAACGUUUCUACUAGGAAAUGAUGGCAUUGCAUUCAACAGUAAGAAGAAGGAGGAAACAACAGCAUAUAAUAUUUUUGAUGAGGAUCCGGAUUUCAAGAAUUGCAAUGGUUGGAGCCUAACUGUGAACAAGAAAAGCUCCCACUUGUUAAAGGGAUCAAACAUUGGUUUUUUCAUGGUGAAUUUGACAAAGGGGUCAAUGAUGGGGCCUCAUUGGAAUCCAAGGGCAACUGAGAUAACAGUAGUACUACAAGGGCACGGGAUGGUUAGAGUGGUUUGUUCAAGCACCGAAGCAAAUAAAUCGGAGUGCAGAAACAUGCGGUUUAGGGUUCAUGAAGGAGAUGUAUUCUCUGUGCCUAGGUUCCAUCCAAUGGCUCAGAUGUCAUUUAACAAUGACUCUCUUGUGUUCAUGGGGUUUAGCACAACAGAAAAGAAAAACUAUCCUCAGUUUUUGGCCGGAAAAUACUCGGUUCUGCAGAAUUUGGACAAACUAGUCUUGGCGGCGUCGUUUAAUGUUACCAGCACAACCAUUGAUCAGCUUUUGUCUGCACAGGCUGAUUCGUUUAUAAUAGAUUGUACUUCUUGUGCUGAAGAAGAGGAGAGAGCGAUGUUGGAAGAGAUAGAAAAGAAAAGGGAGGAAGAGGAAGCUAAGAAGAGGGAGGAAGAGGAAAAAGAGAGACAGGAGGAAGAGAGAAAGAGGGAAGAAGAGGAAAGAGAGAGACAGGAGGAAGAGAGAGAGAAGGAGGAGGAAGCAAGUAAACGAGAAGAGGAGCAAGCGGCGAGGGAGCGAGAGGAGCAAGCGGCUAGGGAGCGAGAGGAACAAGCGGCUAGGGAGCGAGAGGAGCAAGCGGCGAGGGAGCGAGAGGAGCAAGCCGCAAGGGAACAAGAGGAGCAAGCCGCAAGAGAGAGAGAGGAGCAAGACGCAAGGGAACAAGAGGAGCAAGCCGCUAGGGAGCGAGAGGAGGAAGCGGCGAGGGAGAGAGAGGAGGAAGCCGCAAGGGAACAAGAGGAGCAAGCCGCAAGAGAGAGAGAGGAGCAAGACGCAAGGGAACAAGAGGAGCAAGCCGUAAGGGAGAGAGAGGAGCAAGCAGCAAGGGAGAGAGAAGAACAAGAAGCGGCAAGGGAGAGAGAAGAACAAGAAGCAGCAAGGGAGCGAGAAGAACAAGCAGCAAGGAGAGAAGAGGAGGGUAGGCAACAAGAAGAGGAGGGCAGGCAAGGAGGCGAUGAAAGAAGACACGAGGAAGAAAGAGAGAGGGAGAGGAGGCAACAAGAGGAAUGGGAAAGGCGAGAGGAAGAUGCGCAGAGGGAGCAGGAAGAGGCUCGAAGACAACAACAAGAAAGGCAAGGCAGAGCAGGACAACCAGAGGAGCAAGAGGGUGGAGGCGGAGGCUUCAAUGCGGAUGAGGGAAGGAGGUAUCUGAGUGCAUUGAAGGUUUAACUGAGAUCUAGUUUCUCUAGUUAGCUCGUCUGUUCUGUCUUUUGAGUUUGGGUUGGUGCAUGUUUUGUUAAUAGAAUAAUAACUUUUGCUGCCUCCUAUGUCUAAGUUUAGGUACGUUUUUUAAUGUAAUAAACUUCUAUGGCCUAAAUCCAAAACAAAUUUUACUUUAAUUUAGAUAAGAGAAAAAUAGAAGAUAAAGGUCAUUAACUUGUACAUAAGAAACAUAACUUGUUUAAA